AUGAUUGCAAUAGACAUGCAACCAGCAACCAUUGUGGAGGACACCGGAUUUCAGUUGCUGGUGCAUUUGCUUGAUUCUCGGUACCAGCUGCCCUCCAGAAGACACAUAAUGAGAAGUUUGCUACCUGAUAUGUACACAACCCGUGCCAAAGAGAUAAAGCAGGAACUUCUGCAGAUUUCUCACGUAGCUCUGACUAGUGACCUGUGGACAUCAAGAACAAUGGAAAGUUAUCUUACUAUCACCUGUCACUUUGUCACUUCCACAUGGGAACUUAAGUCUCUGGUUUUGGAGACAUUUGGGUUCAAAAAAGACCACACGACUGAGAAUAUUGCGGCGUCAUUCAAAAAAAUUGGACAAGAAUGGGGAAUUUCCCAAAAAGUUGUUGUGAUAGUUGCUGACAAUGCCGCCAACGUUGUUGCCAAUGUCAGACACACUGGUUGGACACAUGUCCCUUGCUUUGUACACACCCUGAAUCUAGUGGUUUCUGAGGCAAUUGAGGCUGACACAAAGAUUCAUCAGCUCAGAAAGAGCUGCAGGGACAUUGUGAGCUUUUUCCACCACAGCGUUAAGGCCUCAGAAAGCUGA